AACAAAUUGUCAACCGUCAAAUGACAUCUGAGAAUUGUCAACAAAUUACAAAAUACGGUAAUACCAAAAUACGGCUACACAGUCUGGCGCUAGAAAUUAUAUUCUGGAAAUAAAAAUAAAACUGUAAAAAUGAGUGAUACUAUGGGAUUAGAAAAACCUCUCGACAUAACUAAGGAUUUGGAAGAUGGUAAAACAAAACUAAGAAAAUGGCUAAACAUGAAUUUCAAAAUUGAAAUGUCUGAUGGCAGAGUCCUUAUUGGAGUUUUUCUCUGUACAGACAGGGAUGCAAAUGUUAUAUUAGGAGCAUGUUCUGAAUUUCUCAAGAAUAGCAAUGGUGAAACUGAAGAGCCAAGAGUACUAGGUCUAGUGAUGGUGCCAGGACGACACAUUGUUUCCAUAAAAAUAGAUGACACAACGCCCCCACAAAAAUAUUAUUAUGAUGAGUAAAUACAUGUUAUUUGUGUAAGUUAUAUUUAAUUUUGUAAAUAAUAAUACUAAACAGUAAGAAAAAUAAAAUAUUUAAAAUGCAACA